UUAUCGAGUUGCAUAGUUCCUUGAACUUUCAUCUGUUGAAAAAGUAAGCAUGGUGGAAAAAGCGUGAUGUGCAUGUGCAAACUAAUUAUACAAAAUUUUCCAGAUAUAACUAUACAGGUUUCAAGACACUCUCACUCCUGUUUUGGAAAUUUAACAACUGGCUUCAACAAAAAUCGUACUAAGAGAACCACUACAGUCCUUUCAACACAGAGCUAGGGAUCGGACAUCGCAAGAUGAGUGUGUCUACAAGCAGUGGAGGCAUUAAGAGGAAGGGUUCGGACGAAGGGGAAGGAGGCAUUAAGAGAAAGGCCUUAGACGAAGGGAAAGGGACUCAAGACAGGCAAUAUGUCGAAAUUUGCAUCACAGACCAGAAUGAUCGCAGGAUGUACUUCAAGGUGAACCCUGUCAAGCCAUUGUCUUUAACAUUCCAAAUUUACUGUGAGAGGUGUCAUUUGGAAUAUUCGACGUUGCAAUUCUUAUAUAAUGGUUGUCGUGUUCAUGGGAAAUAUACGCCAAAAAAGCUCAAGAUGAAAAAUGGAGAUGAGAUCUUAGCUGUUAAACAUGUGGAUGGAGGUGGUGUUGCAGCACUUAGCUUUUAGGAUGCCAUUGAUAUGAUUCUGUAGUGGACAUAUUAUUAGGAUAAUAUAUUUUAUUGUUGGACUAUAAUUAAAUUAUCAUGAACUAACUUGUUUACUUUUUAUAUCUUGUGAAAUAUGAUUAUAGCAAGUGCAGGCACUUUAAAACUUUGCAAGUCAAUUGAUGAAUGCUUAAGUUAAUUACUCAAUGUGCUUAUAUUGUUCUGGCAUUCAUGAGUUAGGAUUCUGAAAUUGUGUAUGC